AUGAUGGCACAAAAUAGAGAAACGAAUGAUGUGGUUGCAUUAAAACGUAUAAGGCUAGACAAUGAAGAGGAAGGCGUGCCAUGUACAGCGAUACGUGAAAUAUCAUUAUUAAAAGAAUUAAAGCAUCCUAAUAUAGUAAGGCUUUAUGAUGUUUUACAUACAGAAAAAAAAUUAACACUGGUAUUUGAAUAUUUGGAUUCCGAUUUAAAAAAAUUUCUGGAUAACUAUGCUGGUGAUUUAGAAAUUGUCACAAUCAAGCAAUUAAUGUAUCAACUUCUUAAAGGAAUCGCAUUUUGUCAUGAACAUCGAGUUUUACAUAGGGUGGGUGAAUUGAAAUUAGCGGAUUUUGGUUUAGCACGUGCUUUUGGAAUCCCAGUUCGAAGUUAUUCUCACGAGGUUGUGACAUUAUGGUAUAGAGCACCAGAUGUAUUAAUGGGUUCCAGACAAUAUUCAACAUCUAUCGAUGUAUGGUCGGCUGGUUGUAUAUUUGCUGGAACUCCAACAGAAGAAACAUGGCCGAGAGUUUCACAAUUACCAGAGUACAAGAGUGAUUUUCCGAUUUAUCCUCAAAUGUCACUAGAUUCACAUUUACCUAAACUUGACAAUUUGGGACUUGAUUUAUUAAGUGUAAGAAAAAGAAAAUGA